AUGAUGAUGUGGACUCAGUCGGGAUAUUUCAACGACUCUCUACUAAUUCGUACUGAACAUGAAGAACGAUUUCACACUCUCGGCGAAUGGACUCGAGUUUGUGGUGGCAAGGUACCCUUCGUGCUUCCGGUAGUAUCUAUGGAGUCCCUCGUCGGUCCAAUGGGCCCUCGUCUAAAUCCUUUAGUGAUUGGAAUGCUCCCACCCGGCCUACCGCCUCCAUUUCCCCCUCCGGUGCAUGGAAGAUUCACCCACUUCGUUCCCGGCAUAGCUCCUCCACAAGCUCAUCAUCAACCACCUAUGACUCACAGCUUGCCACCAUCGGAACCCCUCGAUGCAGGAAGCAGCCUCUCGCACACUCCUGAUAGCGAGCAAGAGAUGUUUAACCAUACUAAGGCACACAAUGAUGCGAACACGCUUGUACCAAGCCUUCGCCACAUGGCUGUGUCUACUACUGAACCACCAGAGAUGGUAUCUGUGUCGGUUGGAACAGAUUCCCCUAUGGUUCGCGAUGCAGGUUGUCAAACUACUCCACUUAUCGUUGCUGCCAAGGAUGCUGCGCGUAUCCUCUCCGAACUACUUAAUCAAGUUGUUCAUGUAACGUAA